CGCACAGGGAUAUUGUAUACUCGCUUAUUAAAAAAUACAACUAAUGUAUAUGGCUGUUUGGAAUCGUGACCAGAGCUUUUCCGAAUGAGAAAUGAUCCAUCCUGUUUAUUAAAUGAAAAGCAUAAUUAUGAUGAAACAAGCUGAAGGGGAGACCAGGAUACUAAGAUCCUCUAGUUGGAGGUGGCAAUGUUGUGUUAGAACCCAGGUGAUUCAGACAGGAAGAUCCAGCCUGAACUAUUACCUGAUAUUACUCUUCAUGACUCCAUAGUACUUACUUGGCAGAGUGAACUCUCUAUGAACACUCCCAUCACCAAGGAAUCAGCAGGAAUUGCCAGUGAAACAGAUCUAAAGACAUGGCUGGAGUCUCCCGCUAGAGGAUCAGCUUUUCCGUGGCAGGGAUUUCUUCCACAGCCCAGAGCCACAGUCACAGGCAGAGCCCAAGAAGCCACGCCAGUCAGACUCAGUUAAUCAACGGCAGCAAUGGUGAAAGCCAGCACUUACUGAGCAUGGAUUAUGUGCCAGAUGUAACAGGACCAUAAAGACAGACCUGGCUGUGAUGAUCAACUGAACGCUGCCUCGGUGUCAUUCCUUCUUGGUUUCGGAGGUGGCGGUAGCUGCGGCCUUGGUUGUCUUCCAGUCUCCUCGGCUCGUCCUCUAGACAGCAUCUCUCCCCUUCCCUCCCCUUCUUUCCUUCCUUUCCUUCCCUCCCCUUCCUUCUUUUCCUUCCCUGUCUGUGUUCAGCGGUGGCAGCUCCAGCAACGGCUGGGCCCGAUCUGUGAGGAGGCCUUAGCCAACCGAUAACAGCGACUGCGACACCUCGGAGCUCGCAGGGCGGCGGGAAGGCCCGGGCCGUGGAGAUGGAGAAUUCCCAGUUGUGUAAGCUGUUCAUCGGCGGCCUCAACGUGCAGACGAGUGAGUCGGGCCUGCGCGGCCACUUUGAGGCCUUUGGGACCCUGACGGACUGCGUGGUGGUGGUGAACCCCCAGACCAAGCGCUCCCGAGGCUUCGGCUUCGUGACCUACUCCAGCGUGGAGGAGGCCGACGCCGCCAUGGCCGCCUCUCCCCAUGCCCUAGACGGCAACACGGUGGAGCUGAAGCGGGCGGUGUCCCGGGAGGAUUCGGCGCGGCCCGGUGCCCACGCCAAGGUGAAGAAGCUCUUUGUCGGUGGCCUGAAAGGAGACGUGGCCGAGGGCGACCUGAUCGAGCACUUCUCGCAGUUCGGCACCGUGGAGAAAGCCGAGAUCAUCGCCGACAAGCGGUCCGGCAAGCAGCGCGGCUUCGGCUUCGUGUAUUUCCAGAAUCACGACGCGGCGGACAAGGCCGCAGUGGUCAAGUUCCAUCCGAUCCAGGGCCAUCGCGUGGAGGUGAAAAAGGCCGUCCCCAAGGAGGAUAUCCACUCCGGCGGAGGCGGAGGCGGCUCCCGGUCGGGCCGGGGCGGCCGGGCCCGCGGCGGUGGUCGUGAUCAGAACGGCCUGUCGAAGAGCGGCGGCGGCGGCGGCGGCUACAACAGCUACAACUACGAUGGUUACGGCGGCGGCUACAACAGCUACAACUACGAUGGUUACGGCGGCGGCUACAACAGCUACGGUGGUUACAGCGGCGGCUACAACAGCUACGAUGGUUACGGCGGCGGCUACAAUGCCUACGGAGGCGGUUCGUCCUACGGCGGAAGCGACUACGGUAGCUGCUUCGGCGGCUUGGGCAGCUACAGCCAGCACCAGUCCUCCUACGGGCCCAUGAAGAGCGGCGGCGGCGGAGGCAGCGGCUGGGGCGGUCGCACUAACAGUGGACCUUACAGGGGUGGCUAUGGCGGUGGGGGUGGUUAUGGAGGCAGUUCUUUCUAAAAAAAAUUUUAGUCCGGGUUGACUUUAGGGGUAGCUGUUUUCAACAACCCUAGGGUCAACUCCUGAGUUCCUUUCCCUCCCACCGCCUUCCCCAUUUGCCCUUGGGGGAGCCGCUUCUAAGGCUGCCUACCCUUAGGGGUAUUGCCCUAUUUGCCUGCCACCUCUCGUCUCCCCCUCUGAAGAUGGACUCUGCCCCACCUACACAUUUUUGUGUUAGUUAUUGAUGGACUCUAUUUUUUUAUUAUUACUUGGACCUUAGUCGUUUUUAUACUAGCAAAAUGUCUUGUUUUAAUUUGUGUUUUUUUGGGGGGAGGGAGUGAACUUGCUGAUUCUGUAGCAAAACCUGGGUGGGGGUGGGGGUGGGGGGUUAGUUUACUUCGUUGUAAGGACUUGAUACCUGGCUACAGCGUUUUCUAUGAAAUCUACUUGGAUCCCAUGCCUGAAAUUUGGAAGCAUAUGUACAAAAAUCAUUUUUACGUUUUAUUUUUAAUAAAUCAUUGUGUUUGACAGUAAAAAAAAAAA